AUGGCUGCUGAGCCGCACCACCUGGAUGCAGGAGAUCCUGACCCUCGUUACACUCUGGGCCUUCGCUCCCUCUGUUCUCUAGAGCUCCAGCCGGCCCCUCCCCGCGAAGCUGGGAAUGUUGGCGCGCUGCCCGGGCCGUCCCUCCGCUCUGUCUGGGGCAGGACGGGAGCCCCAGGGAAGGGCAGGCUGGUGACACUGUUCCUGUCUCCUCCAGGCACCACCUGGAUGCAGGAGAUCCUGACCCUGAUCCUCAGCAAGGGGGACCCGGAAUCAGCCACGACCAUCCCGAACUGGGCCAGAGCGCCCUGGCUGGAGCAGAGGUACUGCAGGGACGUGCCCAGCACGCACCUCCCCUGCCAGGUCCUGGCCCCGGCGCUGAGGCAAGCCAAAACCAAAGUGAUCUACGUGGCCCGGAACCCCAAGGAUGUCGUGGUUUCCUUCUAUCAUUUCCACAAGAUGGCCAAGUUCCUGCCUGACCCCGGCUCCUUCGAAGACUUCCUCCUGCACUUCCUGGAUGGCACAGUGCAGUACGGCUCCUGGUUCCAGCACAUCAAGGGCUGGCUCGGCCAGCAGCUCGACCUGGAUCUCUUCUACAUCACCUACGAGGAACUGCACAAGGAUCUGAGUCGCUCUGUCGAGCGCAUCGCGGAUUGGCUGGGCUUCCCGCUGCAGCCGGAGGAGAUCCGAGUGAUCGAGCAGCACUGCAGCUUCUCUUCCAUGCGGGAGAACGCGAUGGUGAACUACACUCUCAUCCCCUGCGAGAUCAUGGACCACAGCCAGGGCAGGUUCAUGAGGAAAGGGAUGGUGGGAGACUGGAAGGACCACUUCAGCCCACUGCAGAACAUGCUCUUCCAGAAGAUCUACAGGGAGGAGAUGCAGGACUCCAGCCUGCGCUUCCACUGGGCCAUGGACUGAUGGAGGCCGCGCCAGCGAAGGGCACAGCUAAGGGGGCAGGGCAGGGGCUUUGUCUAGGGUUGGGACUCCCUGUACGUUGCUAGGCAACAUGUACUAGGCCUCCCUCCAGCCCACCCCAGCUAGCAGAGAAGGCUGGGAGGUGCAGGGGGGGACGUGCAGGAGAUUGGAUGCAACGUCAUGGUCACAACCACGGACACGAGCUCCUGCCCAAUAUUCCCCUGCACGCAGCUGUGAGCAUCCCAGCCCUGCCUGAAAACAAGCACCUCCUGGGCUAGGCCAGACCCCUAGGGAGGCUGCUGCCCUGGCUUCAUGCUGGAGGCCCUGCAGAAGAAGGCUCAUUCGUUCCCGUCCUCCCCCGACUUUGCACAACACCGGCUGUGGCCAGAAACAAGGAAGCAGCGGCCGCGGGGGCAGAGACGGGGACGGGCCGCAGCAGUGGUGGCUGCUAGUCCCCUGAAAGGUCAUAGGAGACCAGGCUUUCCUGUCUCCGAGCUGAGAUAAGCUUCAGAAAAGCAGAGCUGCUCUUGCAAUUCCUCAAUAAGCUGUAUUUAUACAUAGGGAAGCAGCGGAUUGCCCAGCAGGGGCCGCCAGCCUGCAGGCCACGCAACCCUGUUCUCAUUGCCAUGGUUCUCGAAGGCGCCGAGUACGCCCUGGGACGCAGGGCGGCACUGGUGCCAGCAGAACCGGUUUCUGUAUCCCACUGCUGGGGUGUAAUUAAUGAAGGAGUUCAUUCCAUGGUAA